AUGGGAAAGUCGAAGAACAACAAGAAAGUGGCAAUCGCUGCUAAACCUGUUAAUUCUACUGCUCUUAGUGAGGGUCGCAUCAGUUUUUCGCAAAAAAGCCGAGCCGAAACCGCCAAAAUUCGAUCGAAAAAGGAAUCCGACGAUUUGGACCCUCCAAUCGUCAACAACAACAGCGACACCGAGAUGGAGGAGGUCGAGUAUCCACUGAAGUACGAUUGCAUUGUCCAGAACAUCGAUUUGUCUCAGUGGAACCUGCAAACCCUUGCCUAUUUAUGCACAAUCUACCGUGCUUGUGGUCAACGCAACAAUAAAAAAGAAGUGGUCUUUGGAAACGAGCUGUUCUCGGCAUGGGAGAACAAGCCCAAUUUCCACUGGCCUUGGUGCGAAGGGUAUUCUGAAAAUUUCGUAGACCCUCCGGCGACUGAAUCCUGGGAGGAAGCAGCCGACAAGCUACUACAGAUUUGCGAUGGGGACUGGAACUUGGUCGAGCAACGCAUUCGAGCUGCGCUUGACCGAGACAUCAAGGACGAAUUUACUGGGAACGAUCGUAAUAAUAAUAAAUCUGAUGCAUUAAUCAUGUUAAAACUAUCUCAAGUUUCUAGAUUGCCGUUAACGGCUGUCAUGGCCAUUUACCAUACGGAG